AUGACGAACCAUCACAUCGUAUACCUUCAGGCCGAUUUCAUCAACGUUCCCGAAUAUGAACUCGCGGCCCCCAAUACCUACACUCAGGCGAUCUAUCCCCAGACCUCACCCGCUGAUCUCCAUGCGCGCAUCCACGACGCCACGAUACUAGCUUUCUCGAGACUUCACAUCGAUGCGAUUUCCCUGUCUCCGGAGGUAACGCCGCAUCUUAAAUUAAUUGUUGUCGUGGCCACGGGGACCGACUGUGUGGACCUCGAGGCUUGCAAGAAGAGGGGCAUUGCCGUGAGCAAUUGUCCGUCAGCAAAUUUCGAAGCCGUGUCGGAACAUGCCAUUGGAAUGUAUUUCGCUACAAGGCGCAAAAUGCUGCCUUUACAUUCGUUAACGCGCGAUGGGCAAUGGCCCCGACAGUCAACGCUCAUGUAUCAAGCUCUGGAUCGCGACGGGGCGCCGCCUUUGACGUGUCAGGAGGAAGUAGUGGGUCUAAUCGGUAACGGAACUGUAGGGAAAAGACUUGCCGAACUGGCACGAGGCCUGGGCAUGAAAGUUUUGGUAUCAGGGCGCAAAGAACUCGGCAAUCAUACCACCUUGAAUGGAGUCGGUGGCAUAGAAAGAACUUCGUUUGAGACGGUUAUCAGGCAAAGCACCGUGAUAUUUCUCGCAGUCCCACUGACCGAGUCGACUCGGGAUCUUAUAUCGACAAAAGAACUAGAAGCCAUGUCACACCGCACGUUGGUCAUCAAUGUUUCUCGCGGAGGAGUUGUGAACGAGGAAGCUCUUGUCAAGGCCCUGAAGGAAGGCCAGAUCGCAGGGGCAGCGACCGAUGUCUUCAGCGAGGAACCGGCAGGGCCCAAGAAUUCUCCAUUGUUGAGGCCAGACACUCAAAAUCUUAAUCUGCUGGUAACGCCGCAUCUGGCUUGGUUGGCCCAGAAGACAGUGGAUAAUCAGUCGCGAAUGCUCAAAGAGGCCCUCGAAGGAUGGGUCUCUGGUGCGCGAUGUAAUGUGGUUCUGUAG